CCCAACGCCACUGCAAGCCUCCCUGUGCCUGUCACAGGUUCCUUUCAGAUUGCCGUUUGAGGUACAUUUCGAGAUGGCCCUAAGAGGUGUGUGGCAGUUAAACAAGCUGAUUGUGAGCUAUUGUGACUGGGGUGGAAGUAGUAGAGGCCUCAGGGCAUUCAUGGAAUCUCAUUUGCCAGCAUUUAAAGAGAUUAAUCCCCAGCUGGAGGUGGUAACUGAGCUUUAUCGUGGUCAGCAUCCAUAUUUGAAGGGACUAUACUGUAACAAGAAUGAGAGGGUUGUAUCAGUUAAAAACAUGACACCAGAGGAUAUACUUCUCUGUGCAACCAGGCUAAGAAAUUCACUUGGAAGAAAGGUGGUCAAGUUGAAGACAAGACACGUUACCAAGCACCCCAGUGUUCAAGGUACAUGGACAACAGACUUGAAGAUAUGAGCCAAAAGAAGUUCACUGGUUGGUUCCAAGCAACUAAAUUUAAUACUAUAAUUCUUGAGAGAUUAGUUAUGUAACCAGCUGGUGCUUUAGUUCACGGUCGCUGCUUGAAACAUUUGGACUAGUUAUAAUGGUGGCAGUACAGUGUAGUUUAUGAGCUUUUCAGACGUUCUCUUGAAUUCUAGACUAGUUUUAUUUUUCUUGCUUCUACGUCACAAAUUGCCACUGUUACAGGCUGAGUUGUUGCAGGUAAGAAACUUCCCCUGGGCAAAAUGCUUUUUAGGUAGAGUUGUAAUCGCAACUUUGUUAUUCAGUCAUGAAAUGAGAGGUAGAUUAUUAAUGAAAAAAAAUUAACAAA